GCGAGCGGAAAGGGAGCAGGAGCCAGAGCUUGGAGUUUUGGGCCAGACCGCGCCGAGGAAUUGGGGCGCAGGUGGCUCCGCGGUUAUGAGAUGUGCACGCAGGAAGGGUUCCAGGCCCGGAGGAGCCAGCUGGUGGGGCUGCUGGUCUCGGGGUCCCUGGAGGGCUUCGAGAGCAUCCUGGACUGGCUGCUGUCCUGGGAGGUCCUCUCCUGGGAGGACUACGAGGGCCUCAGCCUCCUGGGCCAGCCCCUCUCCCACUUGGCCAGGCGCCUCCUGGACACUGUCUGGAAUAAGGGUGCUUGGGGCUGUGAACAGCUCAUUGCAGCUGUCCGGGAGGCCCAGGCCGACCGUCAGGGUCCGGAGCUCUCCUGCCACUGGGAUCCCCACUCACCCCACCCAGCCCGCGACCUGCAGAGUCACCGGCCAGCCAUCGUCAGGAGACUGUACAGCCACGUGGAAGGCGUGCUGGACCUGGUGCAGGAGCGAGGUUUCAUCAGCCAGUAUGAAUGUGAUGAAAUCAGGCUGCCUGUUUUCACGUCAUCCCAGAGGGCACGAAGGCUGCUGGAUCUUGCAACAGUGAAGGCGAAUGGGCUGGCUGCCUUCCUUCUACGACACGUCCAGGAACUGCCCUCCCCGUUGGCCCUGCCUUUCAGAGAUGCCGCAUGCAAGAAGUAUAUGUCCAAGCUGAGGACCACGAUAUCUGCUCAGUCUCGCUUCCUGAGCACGUAUGAUGGGGCAGAGAAUCUUUGCCUGGAGGAAAUAUACACAGAGAAUGUUCUGGAGAUCAGGACAGAGGUGGGCGUGGCUGGACCCCCACCUAAAAGCCCUGCUACCCUGGGCCUGGAGGAACUCUUCAGCACCCGCGCCCACCUCAACGAAGACGCUGACACUGUGCUGGUGGUGGGUGAGGCGGGCAGCGGCAAGAGCACCUUGCUGCAGCGGGUGCACUUGCUGUGGGCCUCGGGGAGCCACUUCCAGGAAUUUCUCUUCGUCUUCCCAUUCAGCUGCCGGCAGCUGCAGUGUGUGGCAAAGCCGUUGUCCGUGCAGACUCUGCUCUUCGAACACUGCUGUUGGCCCGACGCUGGCCACCAGGACAUCUUCCAGUUCCUCCUUGACCACCCCAACCGCGUCCUUUUAACCUUCGAUGGCUUCGACGAGUUCAGGUUCAGGUUCACAGAUCGCGAGCGCCACUGCUCUCCCACCGACCCCACGUCUGUCCCGAAUCUGCUGUUCAACCUUCUGCAGGGCAACCUGCUAAAGAAUGCCCGCAAGGUGUUGACCAGCCGUCCUGACGCGGUGUCGGCUUUCCUCAGGAAGUACCUGUGCCUGGAACUCAACCUGAAGGGCUUCUCGGAAGAGGGCAUCGAACUGUACCUGAGGAAGCGCCACCGUGAGCCGGGCGUGGCUGACCGCCUCGUGCGCAUGCUCAGAGCCACCUCAGCCCUGCAUGGCUUAUGCCACCUUCCUGUUGUCACGUGGAUGGUGUCCAAGUGCCACCAGGAACUGUUGCUGCAUGGCGGAGGGACCCCAAAGACCACCACGGAGAUGUACCUGCUGAUCCUGCAGCAUUUUCUGCUGCGGGCCUCCCCGCCCGACUCGGGCCCGCGCAGCCUGGGGCCCGGGCUGCUUCGAGGCCGGCUUCCCACCCUCCUGCACCUGGGCCGGCUGGCACUUUGGGGCCUGGGCCAGUGCUGCUACGUGUUCUCAGCCGGGCAGCUGCAGGCGGCGCACGUCGACGGGGACGACGUUGCCCUCGGUUUCCUGGUGCGCGCGCAAAGCGUGGUGCCCGGGAGUGCCGCCCCCCUGGAAUUCCUGCACAUCACCUUCCAGUGCUUCUUUGCAGCCUUCUACCUCGUGCUCAGCGCCGAUGUGCCGCCGUCCUCGCUCAGACACCUCUUCCGCUGCCACGGGCCGCGCGGCUCGCUGCUGGCCAGGCUGCUGCGCACGACGUGCGUGCCGCGCCCGGGGCGCGAGGAGGGCGGCGUGGCAGCGCUGCUCCGGGAGGCCGAGCCACACAACCUCCAGAUCACGGCGGCCUUCCUGGUGGGGCUGCUGUCCCGCGAGCACUGCGGCCUGCUGGUCGAGGGCCAAGCGUCUGAGAAGGCUUUGCUCCGGCGCCGGGUCUGUGCCCGCUGGUGUCUGUCCCAAGGCCUCCGCAAACACUUUCUCUCCAUCCCGCAGGCCGUGCCGGGGGAGGCCAAGAGCAUGCACGCCAUGCCCAGCUUCGUCUGGCUCAUCAGGAGCCUGUACGAGAUGCAGGAGGAGCGGUUGGCGCGGGAGGCCGUGCGUGGCCUGAAGAUCGGGCACCUCAAGCUGACCUUCUGCGGCGUGGGCCCCGCUGAGUGUGCCGCCCUGGCGUUCGUGCUGCGGCACCUCCGGCGGCCCGUGGCCCUGCAGCUGGACCACAACUCCAUAGGGGACAUCGGUGUGGAGCAGCUGCUGCCUUGUCUCGGUGUAUGCAAGGCUCUCUACUUGCGAGAUAACAAUAUCUCAGACCGAGGCGUCUGCAAGCUGGUCGAACAUGCCCUUCACUGUGAGCAGCUGCAGAAGUUAGCUCUCUUCAACAACAAACUGACGGAUGGCUGUGCACAGUCCCUGGCGAGCCUCCUCGCGUGCAGGCGGAACUUCUUGGCGUUGAGGCUGGGCAAUAACCACAUCACUGCCUUGGGAGCCCAGGUGCUGGCCAACGGGCUCCGAGCCAACACCUCCUUGCAGUUCUUGGGGUUCUGGGGCAACAAGGUGGGUGAUGAAGGGGCCCAGGCCUUGGCUGAAGCCUUGGCUGAUCACCAGAGCUUGAGGUGGCUCAGCCUGGUGGGAAACGACAUUGGCAGUGUGGGGGCUCAAGCCUUGGCAUUAAUGUUGGAAAAGAACGUGACCCUGGAAGAACUCUGCCUGGAGGAGAACCAUCUUCAGGAUGAAGGUGUGUGUUCUCUUGCCAAAGGACUCAAGAGGAAUUCGAGUUUGAAAGUCCUAAAAUGGAAGACGGGUCAGGCGGAAGGCGGGAGACCAGUCAGAAGGUCCUGCUCCUUCCAGGUGGGAGAGGAAGGGGGCCUGGAUCAGGCGGAUGGCACUGGAGAAGCUCAGCAGAUACCGCUGCCGUCACGCCUGGCACUGCCGUGGGCUCGGCGUCUCAGACGCUCAGACUGUGGAGGUGGCAGACACGGGCUGGACAUGUCUCGAAGGCCAAGCUAUGAGCACAGGAGCCGUAUGGGGUGGUGUCUCUUUCCCUGCAGUCCCUGGCAGUGCUGUCCAACAACCACGUCACCUACCUUGGGGCCGAAGUCCUUCUGCAGGCCCUGGAAAGGAAUGAUACCAUCCUGGAAGUCUGGCUCCGAGGCAACGCUUUCUCUCCGGAGGAAACUGAGAGGCUCAGGCAGAAGGAUACCAGACUCCUGCUCUGAAGCCCAGUGGCCAACGUUCAUAUCAGUUUGUUUGUGAACAGGCUGUGGGUUUGGAUCUUGGAAGCUGGAUUCCAUCAGGCCACAGUCCGUUCACACAGAGCUACAUCCUGCCCAGGGCAGGCAAGAUAGGUCACCUUUGUGCUGGCAGAAGUUGGGGCAACCGUGCCCUUAGGGUACCUUGUCUGCAACCGAGCUUUGCACCCAGUUCUUCCCAGGAGCCCAUCCGUGGAAUGGAGAAGAGAGGCAGCUCCCCACCUCCGCCUCUGGCCGACCUGACUUGGGUCCGUGGGGCCCAUGAUGGUUACUGGGUGCCUGGUGCUGUAGAGACCUAGAUCCGCAGGAGCAGCCCCCCUUCCCACCUGCCUCACAAUGGGGAGGGUUCAGGAAGCAGCUUUCUGCCGUGUUUUAAGUCAUGGGUUGUCAGCCAUCCAGAUGUUCCCCACAUCUGGUCCCUCCCCCCUCCCUGCACGUGCACUUCUCUGAGGGUCAAGACUCAGAAUGCUGGUGUUCUCAGCUUUGAUACUUAUGCCUCCCCCCACCACACCCCCUACACACCCGGGUGGGAAGGGCUGCAAUCCACCUGCUCUCCUUCCUGAUACUUAACACACAAUUGCAAGGGGACACAUGACAGCCGUUUGUUCCUUAUGACGGGCUAGAUUUUCCAGAAAGUAAGACCAGGCUCCAGCUAGUAUCACACACACAAAUGUUUUUUGUCCAGUGAAAUCAGUUACCUUCCAGUUAAUACCUCCCCCACCCAAAUGCGGCUUUUUAGAAUCAGCAUUUUGAGCGGUCCCCCCCAGGUCUCUGGUCGAUGCCUGUGAGUUGCGACAGCAGACCUCUGAAAUGGUUCAGCGUUGUGUGACACAGAGUUAUGGAUCACACGUUUACAAGGGGCAGAAUCAAAGACUCUUCUGGAUUUUUCAGAGCAAUGCAUUGUUGAAGCCUCUGGAAACUGUCAGGUGCCGCGCAAGUGUUACUAUUUAAGCCUUAUUAUUUGUGCAGACUGGUUAAUAUUUAUAAACCACUGGGUUUGAAUCUCUCAAGUUUGUUUUUGUAAAAAAAACACGACCAUGAAUUUUAUGCUGUAAA